AUGUUAAUUGCUACAGAGUGUUUCUCACAAUUUGGGGGCUCGUCCGGGAUCCAGUCACCUACCGGGGAGCCCCAGCGCCGCAGCAGCAGGAAGGCAUGCCCCGCUGAUUUCAGCGGUCCUGUGCAUCAACGGUGGAGGUUCUGCGGAGGGCUGACAGAAGGCCUGAGACUGAUUAAAGAGGCAGGAUCCAUGAAGUACUGGGGAAGGGAACAAGUUCAAACAUUUGAGAUUGAAACAGGAUAUGGGGAUGUGAAUGCCUGGAUAGAAUGGGUCAAAUAUACUGUCCAGAGUCUCAACCAUAGCAAUUGCUAUGCUUGUGCCUCAGGACGACUGAUUGCCCAGAUAGUGCCCUUCCCAUUGGGGUGGACCAAGGAUUCCCAGGGGAUGUGAUGUACGAUUGCAUUGUACCAAGAAAAGACUGCCUGGGGAAAUGUGGCCUGUAAGUCUCUCUCUUUGCUGUUCCCUUCCUUGCGUGAUAGCAAUAUCAGGGUUCCCCCUGUAUUCUCUACAGCUAUAGGUAACCAUACAGCUUGCCUCUCACGGCAGGGUGUGAGUGCUACCAGGCAUCUGGGAGAAUUUGCCUUGUGCACGAGCACCUUGAAUGCUACCAAGGACUUGAUGGGAAACUGCUCAAGACUUGAGAUCCCCAGGGCAGAUCUCUGGUGGUACUGUGGAGGGAAGAUCUUACGGUCCACCCUACCAUCUAACUGGGGAGGCACUUGUGCACUUGUUCAAUUAGCUAUACCCUUCACCCUGGCAUUUGAAAGAGAAACAUCACAAAUACCCAGAAGAAGUAAAAGAAGCUUAGGAGUAUCAUUCGAUGAUAGAGUAUAUAUAGAUUCUAUUGGGGUGCCUAGAGGUCCUAAUGAACAUAAAGCCAGCAAUCAAAUUGCUGCAGGGCUUGAGUCUCUGUUCUGGUGGGUAACAAUCAAUAAGUAUGUGGAUUGGAUUAAUUAUAUCUAUUAUAAUCAGCAGAGAUUCAUAAACUAUACAAGGGAUGCAGUAAGAGGAAUCGCUGUGAUUCCUGAACAACUAGAUGCCACCAGCAAAAUGGCUUGGGAAAACAGAAUAGCAUUAGAGAAAGGCGCUGUGUGCAUGAUGCUGGGCAACUGUUGUACUUUUAUCCCCAACAAUACUGCCCUGGAUGGCACAGUAGCUAGAGCAUUGCAAGGGCUUACCACCCUUGCCAACGAAUUGGCAGAAAACUCAGGAACAGACACUUCCAUCACCGAACAGACACUUCCAUCACUGGAAUCUUGGUUUGGUAAAUGGAAAGGGAUGGUAGUGUCCAUAUUUACAUCUUUGAUCAUAGUAACAGGAGUUCUGACAGCCAUUGGUUGUUGCAUUAUCCCCUGUGUAAGGGGACUGGUCCAGCGGUUAAUUGAAACUGCACUAUUGAAACAAAUGACCAUGAAGCCACCACCUUACUCUGAUAAGAUGAUGAUAUUACAGGAGAUGGAAAGCAAAGAAAGUGAAGAAGAGGAAGAUAACUACCAAAUUACACCUUAG